GCUCUGAUUGCUGCCUCUGAUAAACAAGACAUGACGCCUACCAUUAGCUUGACCCACGUGACGAAAUUGUAGGUGGUCAGCACCUCUCGGUGCACAAAACGUAUAUAAAAGACCAGUUCCAUUCUCCAUCCCUCCAGAUUUGCGGGUAGUAGUUUUUCCCGGUGUUCUAGGAUCCCUGCCAUUCCGUCAACAUGUCAAGCUUCACCCAAGUGCUCGGAAGUCUGAUUGUCGUCAUUACCAUCGCCGGAGCCUCCCAAUUUAACUCGCUAUCGGUGCUGGCCCAGCAGCCCGACCAAUGUGAUAUGAACACCCCAUGCAGGUGGGCCGUCUGCGGCUGGAGGCCGACUCUCACACCCAACAGACAACUCUGCCGGUUUGUAGAUAACUGCCAAUGUCCAGAGGGCACCUCGUGCGAACUGACCAGUAACAUCAAGCCUGGCCCAAGCAACGUCGUGACCUUUGACUACCAGUGCGCUUCCACCAGAACUGGACGUUAGACCCCAGCGCCACCUACCAAAGGGGAGUAAUCACCACACCUUGUGAAGUCGAAUUACGUACAAGACACUAUGGACUAAAUGCUCACAUACGCUUCAAGGAAUGAAUGUUACAGUUAUAAGUUUACUGUCAGGCAAGUUAGCUAGGUCCAUUAAUUCUCUGAUAGGUAAUUUGUUUGUACAUUAUGAAUGGAUUUUGUUUUAAAGCGGGGUCCGUACAUACAUACGAUGAUAUAUCGGAAACCCCGUUUUCUGGAAAC